CAACACUGGAGGGAUUCCCCGUACCUCGUGUUGUGAAGAAUAAUGAACUUUGUACCUGUCAGUCUAAAAAAAAAAUUCAAGGGUGACAGGUAUAUGUAACUAGCUGGUGUAAAAUCCAGUAACAUUCAUGUGGACUUGUUUACGAAUGAAUGCAGAGGCUGCAUCUCGCCGACUGAAACAAAUUCAGGGAGUUCUUCAAAAUGGAAUCAGAAGAGCCGAUGGCAAUAGAAAUGGCACCGCAAGGUUACAGAUACGGUUGAAUAGUUCAAAUGCAUCAGAUUCUAAGAUAAUAACAAUUGGAGAUGUAGGAAUUAAAAUCCGGAAUCCAAAGUAUCCAGAACUUGUUCCUUCAAAAUACUUACCAAAAGAUGUACCUCAAGCAAUAUUAAGACAUUUAAGAUGGAUAAUGCAAAAGGAUUUAUUAGGACAGGAUGUGUUUUUGAUUGGUCCACCAGGACCAUUCCGUCGCCAAGUGGCUCUGAUGUAUUUGGAAUUGACAGGUCGAGAAGCUGAAUAUGUCUCAUUGUCUAGGGAUACAACUGAAUCGGAUCUGAAACAAAGAAGGGAGAUAACUGGAGGAAGUGCUUUCUAUAUAGAUCAAUGUGCUGUUCGUGCUGCAUUACAAGGCCGUGUCCUGGUGUUGGAAGGAAUAGAGAAAGCGGAAAGAAAUGUUUUACCAGUCCUAAAUAAUUUAUUGGAGAAUCGGGAGAUGCAAUUGGAUGAUGGGAGAUUUUUAGUUGCAGCCGAUCGCUAUGAUAAACUUCUACAAGAACACACAAGAGAAGAACUCGAUUCUCUCAAUUUAGUCAGAGUUGAUAAAAAUUUUAGAGUUAUAGCCCUUGGUUUACCAAUACCUCGAUACCAAGGCAACCCUCUGGAUCCUCCGCUACGAUCCCGAUUUCAAGCCAGAGAUGUGCAUCCAUUGCCUUUUAAGGAACUUUUAGAAAAUUUGCAAGAAAAUAUACAAAAUUUACCUUCUGAGAGAGUAUCACAGAUUCUGUCCUUUGCUUCUACCAUGUUAACAACAGAAUCAACAUCUAUGGGUUUACCUGAUUUCCCACUAGAUAAUUUGAAACAUAUAAUAAAAGUUAUGGAUAAUGUGAAUGGUAUAUCAUCAUAUGAAGUGUUACACAGAUUAUAUCCAUAUUCUAGUAUGUUAGGUGUUGAUGGCAAAACAGCUGUAGAAGAUACAUUAAAUAAAUUUGAAUUAGUGGAUCCCGGGUUACCAGUGUAUAAUUUAACUAAUGUAGAGAGAAGUGGUGAAAUGGCUGUUGUUGAUUUUAAACAGGGUGUAAUUUUCAAUAAACUCACUGUACCAGCUGGUGUUGUAGAAUCUGGUGGUGAAAAUCAGUUCAUUAAAACUGUUUUAUUUUCAGGUUGA